AUGAAGGUCAAUUCGGCUAUUGCGUUUUUCUCUCUUUUGGCCUCUGGCCAGGCCAGCGGAGCGUACUGGGGUUCCGAAAAAUGCUACUCCAGCCCGGGUAGAUCGCCUAACAAGUGUAAUGACUACCAGCAAAAGGGUUUCAGCUGGACUGACCUUGCUCCUGGCUCAUUCUCUGAAUAUGGUGGCUUCUCCUUCUCUGGGUUCACGUGCGGAAAUGGCUUUGGUUCCAGCCUGGGCAAGCGUGGCACCCAGAAAUGCAUCUCCGGUACCGUUUCCAAAGGUAGCUCCGGCUCGGAGAGCUCCGCUCCUUCAGCUCCAUCGUUCGCCUCCGGUACGGAUGAGACCGGCUUUUCUGUGACCAACUUCCACGUUGCUACCGAGAAGGAUACCGAACUGCACAUUAUCUACACUAUGCCUGAUGGGUCGAUCUGCAAGAACACCGCUUCCUGCAAUUCGGGUGGUACUGUGGUCAACAACGAUCAGUGUGGUGGUGCUAAGUCCGUUCACUUCGAGCUACCUGCCGAUAGUGAACAUGAGAGCUGCGGUUUUGGCAUCUACAGCGUUGGCUUUGACUGUACCCCUGGCUCUACAACCACUGCGCCUGCGCCUGUCAUCACUGCUACUGUUGAUCCUGUUACCAGAGUUCCAUAUGAGUCUGCGCCUGCUGGCUCUAGCUCUAUUGAUGUACCUUCGCUAUCUAGCUCGACUUCAUCUCUACCUGCUGACUCUAGCUCUGCCGCUGUGCCUUCGCUCUCUACCUCAGAACUAGCGGUGCCUGCUGACUCCAGCUCUUCCGCUAUACCUUCGUUCUCUGUCACCGGCUCUUCUGUGGCUGUUGGCUCCAGCUCUACCGCUGAGUCUUCACUCCCUGUGACUGGCUCUUCUGUGGCUGUUGGAUCCAGCUCUGUCGUUGUGUCUACAUCUUCAGUCCCAGGGUCUUCUGUCGCUUCAUUGACCACUCCGCCGACAAGCACAACUGAGUCUGCAGGUUCCAGCUCUCCCGCUGUGCCUACAUUUUCUGCAUCAGGCUCUUCUGUUGCUCCAGUCACCACCUCGGCGACAAGCACACCUCUUCGGAUGACUACAUCGACUGUGUUCACAACUAGUUUGAUCACUGUCACUAGCUGCGCUCCGACUGUCACGGAUUGCCCCGCUGGAUCAGGCUCAACCACUGUGAUAACUUCCACUAUCGCUCUUUCUACCACUGUCUGCCCUGUCACUGAGACUACUCCUGUCGCUACAGACUCGCCUUCUGUGCCUGCUGUACCUAGCCCCAGCGGUGUUCUCCCUGGGAGCUCAUCAGCUGGUGUCCCUCCUUCAAUUGGUACAUCCACAUCAUCCAUUCCAGCGUCCUCUUCUGUUUCCUCUACUACAGGCGGAACGUCCGCUGUAACUGGAACACCCACUGCGUCGACCCCAUUGAUUCCUUCUGCCUCAUCCACUACGGGCGGGCCUUCGACACCAGCAAUUACCUCUCCUAUUAGGAUGACUACCUCGACUGUGUACUCCACCAGCGAGAUCACUAUCACUAGCUGCGCGCCUGAGGUUGUCAGCUGCCCAGCAGACUCGACCGUUGUAGUUACUUCGACUGUCGCUGUGUCGACGACUGUGUGUCCCGUUACUGAGACUACCCCUGUCGCUACAAACUCACCAUCGGUGCCUGCCGUCCCCAGCCCAAGUGGUGUUCUUCCAGGAAGCUCAUCGGCCAGUGUUCCUCCUACUAGCGGCACUUCCACAUCUUCCAUUCCGGCUUCUUCUGAUUCCUCCACUACGAGCGAGUCCCCCGCUGGAACUGGUACUCCCACUGCGUCGACCCCGUUGAUCCCUCCUGUUUCCUCCACAACGGGCGGGCCUUCAUCCCCGGCCAUCACCAGUCCUGUUAGGAUGACUACUUCAACUGUGUACUCCACCAGCAAGAUCACUAUCACUAGCUGUGCGCCCGAUGUUGUGAGCUGUCCAGCGGACUCAACCGUCGUAGUGACUUCAACUAUCGCUGUCUCGACGACCGUGUGCCCCGUUACUGAGACUACAGCUGUCAGUUCGUCUGUGUCUGCUGUCCCCAGCCCAAGUGGUGUUCUUCCUGGAAGCUCGUCAAUCGGUGUUCCUUCUGCUAGUAGCACAACCACAUCUUCUAUUCCGGCUUCUUCCGAUUCCUCCACUACGAGCGAGAGCGAGUCCCCCGCUGGAACUGGCACCCCUACUGCCUCGACCCCGUUGAUCCCUCCUGUUUCCUCCACAACGGGCGGGCCUUCAUCCCCGGCCAUCACCAGUCCUGUUAGGAUGACUACUUCAACUGUGUACUCCACCAGCAAGAUCACUAUUACGAGCUGUGCGCCUGAGGUUGUGAGCUGUCCAGCAGAUUCGACCACAGUAGUGACCUCGACUAUCGCUGUUUCGACUACUGUAUGUCCUGUCACGGAGACUACAGCUACUGCCACCGAAUCCCUACCAGCAGGCCCGAGCCCAAGUAGCGUGUUGCCCAUUAGCUCCCCCGCUGGGUCAACGCCCCCUAGUGACACUACGGCUACAUCUACGUCAACCGAGGUGCCUCCUCCCACUGACACUACUGCUGCUUCUACAUCGACCGAAGUACCUCCCCCUAUUGGCACUUCAGCUGCUUCUACGUCACCUGGAUCACCUCCUCCCACUGGAACCCCGGCUGUGUCGUCGCCUGCACCCUCCUCUCCUGCCGGUACUCCUCCGGCCCCUGGAGAGUCCACUACUACUGUCAUUACCUAUGAGACUGUGACCACUUGUCCAGUGACUAACACUAUUACCUCCGGUUCCUCCACUUUCGUGACCACCUCGAGUACCGUUUCAACCGUUACAAUGACUACUGUCUCUACGAUCUGCACUCGGUGCUCCGCUACUGCUACCAUCACUUCCGUUGCUGGUCAUAGUACUGUUGCCCCGUCUGAUACUGCUACCCCCGUGCCUUCAACCACUGUCGCUUCUAGCACUGGGCCGGCCCCAUCUGGGACUUCUGAAGGGGCAAGCCCUGUGACUUCCUCAUCUGCAGAGGCUUCUAGUCCCCUCCCCAGCGGUCCCGCAGUCAUCAGCUCAAUCCCCUCUAGCGUGGGCACUGAGACCACACCUGCGAUUCCUCAAGGGUCAACAGCCACGGUUAUAACUUAUGUAACUGAGACCACUUGUCCUGUGACCGCCACCAUCACUUCUGGAUCAUCAACUUUUGUCACGACAUCUAGCACAGUUUCAACUGUUACCUUGACCUCCACUCCCUCCCUUCCCAGCUCUGUCGCUGCUGGAAGCACUCCUGCUCCCUCUGAAACAGGCCCCACCGCCACCGCUACUCCUACGGGUCCUACUAUCAUCAGUAUCUUCCCGUCUAGUGGCGGCGUCACCUCUACACCAACUAUCCCCGAGGGUGCCACUACCACGGUUGUGACUUACGUGACCGAGACUACCUGCCCCGUGACCAACACCGUCACUUCGGGUUCUUCCACCUUCGUUACCACAUCCAACACUGUUUCCACAGUGACUCUCACCUCCGUCUCAACCAUCUGUACUCAGUGCUCCACUACUGUCACUACAACCAGUAACAUCCCGGCGGUCCCCAGCGGUGUUUCCCCGAUAUCGAGCCCAGCUCCCCCUGCCCCCUCAGCUCCCUGCCCCGAUACUGUGCCCCAGUGCAUCAACACCUGGCUCACCCUCGCCCCCAAGUGCACAUCCAACAGCGAUGCCUCAUGCUUCUGCCCCAACAGUGAAUUCACCAGCAAAGUCAUCUCCUGCAUCCAAGCCUGGGGUGCCUCCAAGGAUGAGAUCCAAUCUGCUCUCUCCUACUUCACAGGUAUCUGCGCCACCUGGGUCCCCCAGAACCCUGGCAUCGUCACCGCCAUCCCCUCAACAAUCACACUAAUUCCAACAAUCGCUCCUCCCGCUCCAACUUCCAGCGGCGCUGGUGCAAGCGUAACCGGCGGUCCUGCCGUGCCUAUCACCUCCGCUCCCGCCCUCCCCCACACAACAAUCACCUACUCAACCUACACUGUCACUGUCCCACAGGUCAGCUUUAUCACAAACACCGGCUCCACCUCUGGCGCCAUCCCAACCAUCGGUCUGGUCCCGGCUGGUCCCAGCAGCGCUACACCGGCACAUACCGGCCAUGUCCCACCCCGCGCAUCAGCGUCCUGGAUAACCUCAAGCGGGUACGCUUAUGCCAGUCGAAGCCCCUUGCCCAGUGCAUCGCCGGUCUUCAACUCAGCUUCCAGCUUGUCGAUUGCAUCCAGUCUGGUGCUGGUUUCUCUCGCUGCUUUCUUCAGCUUGAUCAUGUAA